CAAUUCAACAAAAGCUUUAUAAUUUGAAAACAAUAUGAUACAAAAUAAAUUACAUAUUUUAGGAGACGAAAUGAUUCCAAGAUGGUUUGAGAUUUCUGUUUUGGAAUUUCUAAUAACUAUACUAGUGUUUUCAAUAGUAAAAGGAGAAGACAUACAUUUUUCGGAAAAGAAUCUUUUAUUGGAAGAGAAUAAAUAUCAUACUGAUUCAUUUAAUAAUAUUGGUACAGGAACUAAUUUUAAGACGAAUGAAAAUAGUGAAGAAAAUGAGAACCUUGAAAAAUCCUAUUGGUUUUUGAACAUACCACUUUUGCCUGUAGUGGUUGCGACUUCUAAUGCUAUUCCGGAAGGUCCAUGCAAAAAACAGUUAAAUUUGUAUCUUAAUCAUUUGAAAAAUGGGACUUUAUGGGCGGCUGAAAUGUUUGAUUCAUCGGCAAAAUAUCCUUACGGAAUAUUUGAUGGGCAUCUACGACAUUUGGGAAACUUCGAUCAGUGUUUUCGAAUUAAAACAAAAAUUCCAAAUUCCGAAGGAGAUGGAAAAUUUGAAGAAAUUCGUAGCAGAUAUUGUUUAGUGGAUAUUAAAUACCAAGAAAAAGAAGAACCGAAAAAUGUCCCUGGAAAACUUGAUAUUUGGUUCGACUCUCAAGGUUCCGCUUGGGAAUCAAUCAGAGAAAAAGGCGAUUUUCGAAGGUUUCAGCGGUAUCUUUUGCAAAUGGCCUUAUGUGUGCCAGCAAGUUGCCACCUUGAAGAUAUUACAACAGCCUUAAAAAAACCUUUAGAAAAAUUUAGCAAACAAUACAAUGUUGAAGUGCAAGCAUCAAUUCAAAAAGACCUCUGCCAAGCUGCUCACGAAGCUACAGAAAUUUCUAAUUACGCUAUAGCUUACUGUAUUGUCUUAAUUUCAAUAAUCACUCUUGUAAUAGUCAGCACUAUAUAUGACGCUGAAUCUAACGCAAUAAGAAAGCAAUCACUAACAAAGGAAUUAUUAUUUUGCUUUUCCGCCCGCAGAAGUUUAAAUAAUAUUUUCAGAGUGACUUAUCGACAUCGUGGACUUGAUUGUUUACACAUGCUUCGAAUUAUUUUUACAUCUGUUGUGAUAACAGGUCACAGACAAAUUCAAACUUUACACACUUCGGACGUAAAUACUAUGACUGGGCCCCUAGGGAUGACGUAUCACAAUGGAUCUAUUAUCGUGGAUGGAUUUCUUGGUAUCGGAGGGCUUGUAUUGUCUUAUCAAUUAUUAGAAUAUCUGGAAAAGUCAAAACGAUUAAAUAUGCCGUUUUUGAUUAUAAAUCGAUUUGUGAGAUAUGUUGUGGGAAUAAUUAUGGGAGCUUUUAUUUAUGAUUAUAAAUUUGCGGCUUGGCGUCUCCCCAAGAUAUGGUCUCGAAUUUUAUUUGUUCUACAAGUAGUACUGCUGAGUCUUUAUAUUCAACGUCUUGGAUAUCAAUUUAUGGAUCCAAACGAGAAACCAAGUCUUUUUCUAAAAGCUCUCUAUGCAAGUCUUCAUAGACCAAUUUUCGCCUUUAGCAUGUGCUCUGCCGCACUUCUUAUCACAAUUGGCGAUGGUUUAGAUUUUCAAUACAACCUCUUGACACCUAGAUGGAUUCAACCUAUUUCUAAACUUUCUUACGCAAUUUAUCUACUCCACUUUGCGAUUCAAUCAUACGAUCUUGGCACUGCACGAAAACCGUUUGCUUAUUCAUCCUACAAUAUGUAUACCUUCUUCGUCAUAGACGGAGUUUUUGUAUUAAUGUUGUCCUUAUUUUCCGUUGUGAUAAUAGAGGAACCGUUCAAAAAUAUUGGAAAUUUAUUACUCAAAAGAAAAGAAGCAAGGAAAUCAGAAGUCAACUUAUCUGAAGAAAGCAACAAGAAAUUGGACUGAUUCCAGCAUAAGUGAAAAUUUUUAAAAAUUUUAAUUUUAAUUUUAAUUUAAUUUUAAUUUA